GAAAUGGAGCAAAUUCAGUAACUAUCCAAUCUAACAUCUGUCUCAUAUCUUAAGGAAUCUUACAAAUACUUACUUGGAAUUGAGAAAAUGACUACAGUUAUAGAAGAAAGUACCUGUCCAGAAAGUGGAACAUCUUAUAGUUAAUUUGAAAGUAGUACAAAAUAAAUAUACCUGUUAUGGUGCGAUUCUGGAGUGAAGUUAACCCUAUAGCACACAGGUAGCUCUCCUAGGAGAAAGAAAAAAGAACUUUCUGUUUCUUCUAAAUUAUGGAAAUUUUUUGGAAGACGUGGACAUGGAUUUUGAGCCUAGUCAUGGUUUCAUCGGAAUUUCACAGUAACAACAGGCUUUCAUACAGUUCUCAAGAGGAAUUCCUGUCUUACCUUGAACACUACCAACUAACAAUCCCAAUAAGGGUUGAUCAAAAUGGAGCCUUCCUCAGCUUUACUGUGAAAAAUCCUAAACCCUCAAGAAGGAGGAGGAGCACAGACCCUUAUGACCAAGAACUGGCAGCAUCUAAAUUAUUUUUUAAACUUUCUGCCUAUGGCAAGCACUUUCAUUUAAACCUGACUCUCAACACAGAUUUGGUGUCCAGACAUUUUACAGUAGAGUACUGGGGGAAAGAUGGACCACAAUGGAAGCAUGAUUUCUUAGACCACUGUCAUUACACAGGAUAUUUGCAAGACCGACACAGUACAACUAAAGUGGCCUUAAGCAACUGCAAUGGUCUGCAUGGAGUCAUUGCUACAGAAGAUGAAGAGUAUUUUAUUGAGCCUUUAAGAAAUAUAACAGAAGAUUCUAGUAACUAUAGUUACGAGAAUGGUCAUCCUCAUGUUAUAUACAAAAAAUCUACCAUGCACCAGCAACACCUCUAUGAUCACAGUCACUGUGGAGUCUCAGAAGACCUCACAAGAAGCGGCAAGCCUUGGUGGAUGAAUGAUGCAUCUGCUCUUCCAGCUUCGCUUCCAGUCAAUGACACACAAAGUAGUCAUAGUCGUCAGAAGAGAUCUGUAAGCCUUGAACGGUUUGUGGAAACACUGGUAGUAGCAGACAAAAUGAUGGUGGGAUACCAUGGUCGCAAAGACAUUGAACACUACAUUUUGAGUGUAAUGAAUAUUGUUGCCAAACUUUAUCGUGAUUCCAGUCUAGGAAACGUUGUGAAUAUUAUAGUGACACGUUUGAUUGUCCUCACUGAAGAUCAGCCAAACUUGGAGAUAAACCACCAUGCAGACAAGUCCCUCGAUAGCUUCUGUAAGUGGCAGAAAUCCAUUCUCUCCCACCAAAGUGAUGGAAACACCAUUCCAGAAAAUGGGAUUGCCCACCAUGAUAAUGCGGUUCUUAUUACUAGGUAUGGUCAAGUAUUGUGUUUAUUUUAUUUCUUGUAGCUUUCUUGUUCUUAGCAUAUAUAUGUCUAGAAGCUAGUUGCAAAUAAAUAUAUUUGGUAGGUAACCUUAAAAGGAGGAAAAUUAAUAGACAGCUUGUCUUAAAUAUGUCAUAUUAUUAAAGUUUGGAUUAAGAUUUUGGAAAAGUAAGCUCUGCAAAUCACUUGCUUCUGCUGUUAUUUUCACUUUGUAAUUAACAAUACAAAGUACUGUAGUAGAAAAGAUGGAUCCUAUUGAACAUUUUAUACUUUAAUAAUUGGAAAGAAUUCAUAAGAUCACAGAGAACAAAACAGAAUGAAAAAUGUUUUGUUAACCAUGUAAAGUGUUUUUGUAAGAAUUUCAAGCCAGAACUUCAAGUAGUAUAACAGUAUUUCUCUGAAAACAGGUUCUUGCAGAUUCCAGCCAUAUGAGACUCUGCUUUUUAGCUGGUUUGAUUUAUUAUGCUUAAUUAAGAUGAGAACUGACAGUUUUAACAGGUAGUUUCAAAGCCUGAAUAUGUGCCCAUUUGUUUGCUUCUAUUUCAAUUUUGCUGUGAUAAAUUCAACAUAACCAUAAUGCACUGUAAUCUUGUGAUCCUGAUAAAGGCAUUCGUGUCUGUCCCUUUGCAAUUUGGGGCAGGCAACUGUACUUUAAUAAGAACUAAGUCUCACUAUUGUUUAAGGACACUGUUUAUUCUUUUUUGUUUUGUUUAAGUAGCAACAGGUGCAGCAGCUCUAAUUUCGAUUAGGAUUUGUUAAUUAUGAUUUCUGCUUUCCAGGGCAAAUUCUGUAUUGCUCUAUCUGUAACCUAUUUUGGAAUCAUUGCAUUCACUGCAGAAAAAUUGAAAUAUUGA